AUGAACAAUACUGAUCCAACGUCUUUCCAAAGUAUUCUUGCAGGAGUUCAGAAACUAAGAGAAGAAAAUGGUGGAAAUGAAAGUCAACCACAGAUACAAAAGCCACCAGCAAAUAAAGCGCAAAUCAAUGUUCCACCUACGAACGAAGGUAAACAGCAUGUUAUAAACUCAUUUAAUCAACAACGACCUUCUUUUCAGUAUGAUAAUACUAAUAAUCAACAAAAUGGGAAACGACAAAGACAAGAUCAAGGACUAGGAAAGACUGUACUAGUCAAUACAACUCAGAAAGAAAAUCCGUUACUAGAUAAUCUGAAAAAUACAAACUGGAGAUACGUGACAUCCAAAGGUGGUUCGAAAAUAUAUUAUGAUUAUCUUAUCAAAGGAAGAUCUGUCCUCUUUUUAACUUUAUCAUAUCAUAAAUUGUAUGCUGACUAUAUAACACGAAGGAUGGCUCCUUUAUCCAAGGAUGAUAAUAAUAUAUUAAUAUUUGUUGUGGAUGGUACAAAUUCAGAGGAAGCCAUUAAUGACAUAACCAAAAUGUGCAUGUUUAAUGGUUUUACAUUUUUAGUGGCUUUCAAUUUUGAACAAGCUGCUAAAUACAUUGAAUAUUUAAAUGCUGCAUGA